AUGGACGCGGCGACACAGAACCUAAAGAUAUGCAUUAUCGGUGCUGGUAUGGGCGGUUUGACGUGCGCGCUAGCACUGGCGAAUGCGGGAUUCAAGAACAUCCAAGUUUAUGAGUUUGCCUCCAACUUAGGCUUUGUUGGCGCCGGCAUCCAGCUGGCUCCAAACAUGGCCAGAAUCCUAGAUAACCUAGGCGUUUGGGCCGAGAUCGAGAAGGAGGCUGUAGAUCUAAAAGACACCAGCAUCAGAGAGGGAGCCACCGAUAAGGAAUUGGCGCACGUGGACUUACGAUAUAUCCGGGGAACCUACAAGUAUCCACAUAUGGUCGGCCACAGAUCGUCAUUAGCCAACGCUCUCUACGAAGGUUGCAAGCGGGCCGAGAAGAGCAUCAAGUUUUUCUUUUCUACAAGUGUGGAAAAAGUGAAGACUUUCGCUCCCAAGCCAUCUUUCACAGCCAUACCCCGCAAAGGGGGUGAGCCGUACGAGGUUGAGGCGGACGUUCUUCUAGGUGCGGAUGGUGUCAAGAGCAACACCCGCGUUGAGAUGCUCAAAGAGCUCGGUAUUCAUGCUGAGGUCAAGGAUACUCAGCAGGCGGCGUACCGCAUCAUGCUACGCCGCGAGGAGAUGGAGAAAGACCCGGAGCUACUCGAGCUGAUCAACACCGAUGGGGUCAUCCGAUGGAUAGGAGAGAAGAGGCACAUCAUAGCCUAUCCUGUGUCUAAUAAGAACAUCUACAACUUAUCCACCAUUCAACCGGACGUCAACUUUGCGGCUGCCCCCUCGGCGACGUAUACGACAAAAGGAAGCAAGACUGCCAUGCUUCAGGUCUUCUCCGAUUUUUGCCCUAUGAUACAUCGCAUGCUCAACCUCGUGCCUGAGGGCGAAGUCUGUGAGUGGAAACUACGGGUCCACUCGCCUUUACCAACCUGGGUCCAUGGCUCCGUAGCUCUCGUUGGCGAUGCUUGUCAUCCAACUCUUCCACAUCUGGCGCAAGGCGCCGCCCAAGCCAUUGAAGAUGGCGCUGUCAUCGGUGUUGUGCUUUCACGCAUACCCGACCAGUCUCCCGAGUCCAUCAACAAGGCGCUACGCGUGUAUGAGAAGGUGAGAAAGGAGCGUGCAGAGAAGCUUGUAGAACUGGCAGCUGCGUCAGGGCGGGCUUUGCAUCUUGGAGAGGGCGAGGCGAAGGCGGAACGCGACAGACAGUUUGCGGCACUGAAGGAGGGGAAGGGUUCAGUGCCGGACAAGUGGGCAGAUGCGGAUGUGCAGAAGUACAUCUAUGGGGUUGAUGUCGUGCAAAAUGCGCAGGACACUUUUGACGAGGUCUUCGGGGCCAUGUCAACCAUGGCCCGCAUAUAG